GAUCCCAUGGUCAGGAUUGCGAUGCGUCGAAUGAAUGAAUAAUCAAUCACGUUUGAGCGGUAGAUCAACGGUAAUUUAUUGGAAAAGGUUCGGGCAUUCAGUGUAUCAUGGCGUCUUUAGUGACAGAAGUAUUGAUGAAUACAGGUUUGAUGGAAAAGGAAGACCUUGCCACAAGGAUUGAUAAAGUUUCUACCCAGAUCUGUGAGUUGAAAGCGGAGAUAAGUGUUGCCCUGAGGCAGCGCUAUGUGGACUUUAUUCCAUCACAGGAUAAGAUUGAAAAGAUGCACUCUAGAGUACGGUCCUUGGAUACUGAGAUGCAUGACCUUGGGGAUAAGAUACAGGGAGACAUUCGAGUGAAACUCAAAACAUCUACAAGUGACGUUGUGGAGUUAAGCAAGCAACUAGAUCAGUCUAAUGCAACCAUUGCUGUCCUUACAACACUUUGCAAGGCUCAUCAGGAUCUGAAGGAGUUCAACACAGGUAUUCUUUAUGAGGAAUAUGUGCAGGCUGCUAACAUCUUGGAUUCACUGGAUUGUCAACUCAACCUUUUGUGUAGAUCAGGAUACCAUGAGAUGAAGAUAGUUCAUGCUUUGAAAAGCGAGGAAACUGUUGUUAGGGAAACCUUGUUCUUCCAUCUUGGAGAAUCUUGGUCAAAGACUGUCUUGUUUCAACCUGUUGAGGGCGGUAAAGGGAAAGGAGCCAAGUCAGUUAUCAGUCCUCAGCUUGUUGUGGUUCAAAAUGAGAAGUUUCAGUGUACACUUCAAGCAAUGGAAACCACAGGCUGUCUUAAUAACAAACUUGAGAGUUUUAGUAAGAAGUUACUUGAGCACAUUCUUCAUCCAAUCAUAAGGAGAACAGAUAUCCAUCUCAACAUUGAAUCAAAUCAACAGAAAGUGACUAUUUCCAUAGUGAAGGCCAAAACUGAGCAAUCUUCAUCCAUUCCAUCUCCAACAAGUGUCUUUGAUGAUAUCAUCAAGGUCUUUGAAGCCCUUGGUACACCACUUUUAAGCCAUGUAGUGAAGAAACGAGGUCAUGGUCAGGAUACAAGUAUCAUGAGUAUUCUAGGUUCUUUAAUCUGGUCAAGCAUGUCUAAAGUCCUCAUCAAGGAUUGCCUCACUCCUUCUAUACCAGCUACCAGUACAGAGCUGCAUGAAUACAAGUUAAUAUUUGAUGCUACAAGAAAGUUUGAGGAGUCUCUACAAGGCUUAGGCUUUAUCGCACCUGAUUCACACCCUCUUACAGACUACGGCAAAAAUGUCAAUAUCCAUUUUGCUAAUAAAAGGUGUCAGGCAUUGCUGGUCGAAGCUCGAAGAUUGAUGCAGCAAGAUCUUCAUAAUACUGUACAAGUUGGAGGGAAUGAAAUAAGAACAGAUGAAGAGGGGUCUGGCGAGGAGAAGAAUCCACUGGGACCAGGGUUGUCGGCCUUCCCACAAUGUCUUAUCAGUGAAAGUGUGCAGAAACUUCUAGACAUGUGCCAGCAGACCUUGUGUGAGGCUUCCAAUAGCCAGGAACAAUGCUUUCAAUUGUUUUUCACUGUGAGGAACAUGUUGCAGCUCUUCUGUGAGGUCGUACCUCAUUAUCAUAAAACAAGUCUAUAUCAGCUACCUCGAGCAUCAGCCCUCCAUCAUAAUAACUGUAUGUAUAUCAGCCAUCAUCUAUUGACGUUGGGUCAUCGUUACCAGCAUACCUUUCCGACCCCACUGUCCGACGGAGCUUCUUUAUUCGUUGAUCUUGUACCAGUCUUCAGGAAAGAGGCUGUCACACCGUUCCUUGCUCAAAUGAGAUCUCAACGAGACUUGCUUCUUGAAUCUGUGAGAAUAGCUGAAGGCUUCCAAAGGGUUGCAGAUGCAGAGAAAGUAAAAUCAGCUGAUCGUGCUAUCAAACAGGUGAUUCAUCGAUGGACUCACCUCAAGGCUGUCUGGGCUGAAGUACUUCCUGCAAAUGUUUACACCAAAUCCAUAGCAACACUGAUCAACACGGUUCUCAUGCAUGUUGUCGAACAGAUCACACGGCUUGAAGACAUCUCAGCUGAUGAUGCUUCUCAGCUCCAUCUCAUUUUCACUAAGAUCAAGGAGGAGACUCCAGAUAUUCUUCAACCACCAAACACUGAGGAACCAGUGAUAAUGGAGGUGAUGGUAAAAGAAUGGAGGCAAUUUCUAGAGCUUGGUUUCAUCCUUGAGGCUUCCAUGCAAGCCAUAGUGGAUAGAUGGGCAGACGGAAAGGGUCCUCUAGCUCUGGCAUUCUCUGCUUCUACAGUGAAGGGAUUGAUCCGAGCUCUUUUCCAGAAUACAGACAGAAGAGCCAAUGCCCUUAGCAAAAUCAAGCAAACAUCGUGAGAUUUACUCACAAUAUAGACUAUUAGUAUGAAGGAAUUUUAAGCCAGGCUCUUGAUAUGAACAUCCUUUCAAAAUGCUGGGCUGGCAAUGCAAGAUAAAUCAAGCAAUCAUGAGAUCUACUAAUGACAUGGACUAUGAUUCAUGAAAGAUUUGAAGCAGAUGAAGUGACACCCUUGGCUUCAGAAAAAAAAGACAUGAGAGCUGAUUCUGAUGAUCCAUUAUUUGGGAUGUAAUCAGAAGCUUGC